AUCUCUCUCUCUCUCUCUCUCUCUCUCUCUCUCUGUCUGCGUUUCUCCGAGGAAUCGAUCGACGGCAAUGGCGUCGUCUCUAUCUUCCAAAUCAUUCUUGAGAGCGAGGACCGACGGUGGAUCUAGUUUAGGAUUCCAGGUUUCCGAUCUAUCGAAAUUGGCUUCCCCAACGCUCCACAUCCCCUCCAGACGCAGCGCUCCUAAGAAGCUCGAGGUUCAGGCUGUUGGCAGUACAUAUGGAACACAAUUUCGUGUUACGACAUUUGGAGAAUCUCAUGGAGGUGGUGUUGGUUGUGUCAUUGAUGGAUGUCCUCCUCGGCUUCCCCUUUCUGAAGCUGAUAUGCAAGAAGACCUUGACAGAAGGAGACCCGGUCAGAGCCGAAUAACUACUCCAAGGAAAGAGACUGAUACAUGCAAAAUAUAUUCUGGAGUUGCUGACGGAUUGACUAAUGGGUGCCCAAUACUGGUCAAGGUGCCAAAUACUGAUCAAAGAGGACAUGACUACAGUGAGAUGUCUAUGGCUUAUAGACCUUCUCAUGCGGAUGCUACCUAUGACUUCAAGUAUGGUGUGAGAUCAGUGCAGGGUGGUGGGAGAUCUUCAGCAAGAGAAACCAUUGGAAGAGUUGCAGCAGGAGCUGUAGCAAAGAAAAUUCUCAAGAAGUUUUCAGGAACUGAGAUUUUUGCUUAUGUUUCUCAAGCACACAAAGUUGUACUUCCAGAAGGUUUGGUUGACCAUGAGACCUUGACACUUGAUCAGAUAGAAAGUAAUAUUGUUAGGUGUCCGGAUCCAGAAUAUGCUGAGAAGAUGAUUGCUGCCAUCGAUGCUGUUCGAGUGAGAGGUGACUCUGUUGGUGGGGUUGUGACAUGCAUUGCAAGGAACGUCCCACGAGGUCUGGGUUCGCCUGUCUUUGAUAAGCUUGAAGCUGAGUUGGCUAAAGCUGCCUUGUCAUUACCUGCAACAAAGGGGUUCGAAUUCGGGAGCGGAUUUGCAGGUACAUUUUUGACUGGCAGUGAACAUAAUGAUGAAUUCUAUACAGACGAGCUUGGAAGAAUCAGGACAAGAACAAACCGGUCUGGAGGGAUACAGGGAGGGAUAUCUAAUGGUGAGAUCAUAACCAUGAGAAUAGCUUUCAAGCCGACAUCUACAAUUGGGAAGAAACAGCACACAGUGACCAGAGAUAAACACGAAACAGAACUCAUAGCACGAGGACGUCAUGAUCCUUGUGUUGUUCCAAGAGCGGUGCCGAUGGUAGAAGCCAUGGUAGCACUGGUGCUUGUGGAUCAACUAAUGGCACAAUAUGCGCAAUGCGAGAUGUUUCCCAUCAACCCUGCCCUACAAGAGCCCUUGGAAUUGCCAAGGCUUGAGGUAGCUGGACUGUCCGUUUGAAAGUUGCAAAAUUGUAGCAAUCUGCCUCCUUAUUCUCCGGUUCAGCUUUCCAAGAACUGUCAUUUCAUAGCUAAAUUAUAGUAGCGGUUUGUAACAUGGUUUUGAGAUUCAACAAUGUAGUUCUCUUUUUCCUUCACCCACCCCCAACUCUGAAGAAGAGAUAUUGAAUGUUUUGCUUUUGUAUUCCCACUGCUUUGUUAAAUACAAUUGUAUUUGAAUUAUAAAACUGAAGCUUAUAAUGUAUUAGGUUUGCUUUCAUGCUGUAAUUCAUGUCUCAGACUCAGAAAAUUAGAUUGAUAAAAU